AUGGCGCCGAAUUUCCCAAGUCGUCGUUGGGUCUUCGGAGUCGAUGGUCUCCCCCGUAGUGAGCGCAACGCGCUUACGGUGUCGGGAGCUAUCGAGCCGACAGGACAAUUAGAACCCCGUGAGGACUCAGCACAGGUUAAAAAGGUGAUCACGAUUGAGAAGAAACGAGAGUUCAUCGAGAAACGAGCAUGGGACGUCGCCUUGCAACCAGGAAAGCAGUUCAUGAUGACAGGUGUGGGUUUCAAAGCCUUUAUGAUGUGGAUGAUGGGCUCCGGUGUUCAUAUCAUGAACAUAAUCUUCACUUUUUACCAGCUGAUGGGCCCCAUUCGUGGGUUGAUGUCUAUUGGACCUGCUUUCAAGGCUAUUGAAGAGACUGCGAAGGAAUUGCGCGUUGAUUUGCUCAUCCACAAGCUCGUUUUCAUUGCGUGCCAACUUGGAGUGCUGCUAUAUAUUACGAACAGAUUCGGUUCGAUGGGUCUGCUGCCAACCUCUGCAGGUGAUUGGUUGACAACAGUGAAGGUCAAGUACCCAGAAGAGUUUUCAACAGGAGGAUUUCCUAUGUGAAUUUACUUACACGGAGAUUGAUCUACGUGUGCGUCACUUUUGUGAUUCAGCAUAGAACUGGGCUUUUUGUCUAGCUUGUGGUGGUGUAGCAAGCAAACAUCGAUGAUGUAGGCUUUCGGUAAUUCGCAGGUCAAUUGCUUCAGUUGCAAAUUUUUAUUAGCGCAGCUAUAACAUUCGGCUGACACUCUUUCUUACCUUGUCUAUUAAAAGCACUUGCGAUG